GGAUCUGACAGCCAACGCAACAGUCAUGGAGGAAGUAAGAGUGUUUCCCCUUACCUGUGCUGUGCAAAACUAUGCAUGGGGGAAGGUUGGUCAGGACAGCGAGGUGGCCAAACUGGUCAUAGGUGGCGACCCGCUUGCUGUCGUCGAGGCGGGCAGGCCUUAUGCAGAGCUGUGGAUGGGUGCCCACCCGAAAGGUGAUGCCCAGAUUAAAGACAACAGGAUCGCACAGACCACGCUGGGCCAGUGGAUCGCCCACUUCCCCGCCUGCCUGGGCUCCAAGGUCAAAGACACCUUCCACGGUCAGCUGCCCUUCCUUUUCAAAGUCCUCUCUGUCAAUACAGCUCUGUCCAUACAGGCCCACCCCAACAGAGAGUUAGCUGCUCGUCUCCAUGCUCAGUUUCCGGAGCACUAUCCAGACAACAACCACAAGCCAGAGAUGGCCAUAGCGCUUACCCGCUUCCAGGGCCUCUGCGGCUUCAGACCAGUGGAGGAGAUACUAGGCUUUCUUAAAUGUGUCCCGGAGUUUCGUGCUCUGGUAGGCAAUGAGGCGGCGGACGAGCUGCGAGGCUGCAUGGGAAAUGCAGUUCAAACGAGCCAAGUGCUGAAGAAGUGCUUCACAAGGAUGAUGAACUGUGAGAAGAAGGUGUUCGUAGAUCAGCUCAACAUGCUGGUCAAGAGAGUCACUGAGGAGGGGGCAGCAGGGAAGGACACAUCCAGCAGUAAUGGUGAUCUGUUGCUUCGCCUCCACUCCCAGUACCCCGGAGACAUCGGCUGCUUCUCCAUCUACUUUCUCAACUACAUGGUAUUGGACCCGGGACAGGCCAUGUUCCUGGGAGCCAAUGAGCCUCACGCAUAUAUUUAUGGAGACUGUAUUGAGUGCAUGGCCUGCUCAGACAACACAGUGAGAGCCGGUCUCACACCGAAAUACAUCGACUUGAACACGCUGUGUGAGAUGCUGAGCUACACCCCGGCCUCCGCCAGCUCCAAAAUCUUCCCGUGUGAACAAGAUGCCUCAGACCCCUUUGUGUCCCUGUACGACCCCCCAGUGCCAGACUUCACGGUCAUGAGGAUACAGGUCCCGGCCUCAGUGAAGCAGUACACUGUAGCGCCGGUCGACAGUGCCAGCAUCCUUCUGGUCAUUGAAGGGGACGCCACGGCAACCUCAGCCGCCGCCCUCUCUGACGUCACGCUGAGACGCGGCACCGUCCUGUUUGUUUCAGCUAACGAGAGCGUCGCUCUGCACAUCACCUCCCAGUCAGGGAUGAACAUGUUCAGGGCCUGCUGCCUCCUGUAGCUGUGAGUGAGCAAGAAACCUUCAGACCACCCGUGUUUGUUUCCCUCUGGUGUGACUCAGCGACAUCGACUUUGUGUUUUGGAUUGAGCCCAAUGGUCGCAUCACUCUGUGAGAAGGUAGUACACUCAAGGUUUAAGACAGUGUUGAUGCCCAUCUGUGCCCACUGCUCCCCCCCCCUAACCAAACACAACAGUGUCCCUUAGGUUUUAACAACAAGCAGUUUUUAAUUUCCACUGGAUUUAAACUGGUUUUAACUUUUUUACCUGUAGUAGUGCACUAACAUCUUAAACACAUGGAGGAUGAGUACAUCCUUCAUAAUCUAUAGGUGCUCGGUAUGUACUAACAAUAAAAAGUAAAAUAUUUCCACAACACUGAAAAGACACAAAGUUCAUGAUGAAGGAUUAAGAGUGAAAAUGUUACAUUAAAUAGUUCCUUUCUCUCUUGGAAACAGGUGAGAAAACUUUCUGUAUAUAACAUCUGUUAAGUAGCUGUUGAGCAGCUAAACAUCUUAGAGAGCUCAGAGGAGAUACGAAAAAUAUAAAAGUAAAAAAUAUACAAGAUAAGCAAGCAAACAAAACCCGCCGAUGAAGACCACGAGAUACAAUCAGAAGCUCUAGAUGAACUAAUCUACAAACAUAUUAGUUCAUCUAGUUUUCCCAAAAUCAUUCAAAUAUAAACGGGAAGCCUGAGAAUCACUCCACCUAAAAAAAAAAGUCUAGUUUGUACUCAAUUGAUGAAUAUUUCUAUUUGAAGGGUUUCUCUUCAGUGUUGUAGACAUUUUUCAUUUUAUUCCUAAUACACUUACAGCUGAAUAUUCCUACCUUCAGGUCUGACACAAUGAUAAUUACUUGCACCAACCUUGAUAAGUCAGACUGCACUGCAGCAGGGUGGGGGAAAUGUUUACACUGAUGCAGUUCACCACCACUUGCUGCUUUGUGCAACUACAGCACCACUGAGCAUGUCUGAUAUAUUAGCCAGCAGUUGUCUCUCUGCAGGGUGCAACGACCUGUUUAAUCAUUUGAGUUAAGCUUGAACUAUUAAAAACCCACCUCUGGGAAACAUCCAUUCUUCGUUGAGAGCAUAUAGUGUAAUGCUGAGAUGCCUGUGCAUGUUUGACUCAGAGCAGUAAUACUGGAGGGGGGUCAUCUAUCUCAACACCCCCCUCCCCCGGAGAGUGUUACUGCAUGUAACUGUUACGAACGCAUGUUUACAGUCUGGAAACUUCUCCUCAAAGUAGUGAACAGUCGUAGAAAUCAUAAAAAAACACAAAAUAGGAGCAAGCAAAGAAAGGCCACCUACUAUCUUCAUCCCAUUCAGCACGCCACCAUUAGAACCAGGAAUGUAUCUUUAUAAAACUUUAUCUUCUAUAUGACUGAAAAUAAGAGUUGUUCCAGUACCAGCCCCAGUAUAAGAAAUAAUCCUGAUGCUGCUUAAAGUGUUGAUUCUGCAAGUACACAAGGCACAGAUCCAACACCAUUAUUUAUUAGCACCUCUUUAAAAAUGACGAAAGGAGUAAUCUGUGCAGCAACUAUACAACACAAACCACAUACAGCCAGAGACAGGGGCUGCAAAUUAGCCACUGGUAGAAACCUGUAUGCAUGGCAUCUGCUUUGUGUUUCACAUAUGAAGUGAUGUUCAUUGCAUAAAAUGAAAUAUUACAACUGCAGAUGGCAGCUUGUGUUUUAGAAAGGCACAGAACCUGAUUUCAGGUAAUUUAUCAAACAACUACAGUGCCUUUGCUUGCAGACAGUAACUUCAAUCAUAGCGGGCAAAAUGUCAUCCAUCAGUGCUUCCCGUCACACAUUUUAAGGCUGUAUUUUGAACUUAAAAUUAGGGCCCGACCGAUGCAGGAUUUUUUUGGUCUGAUACCGAUAUUGGAGAGAUAAUAAUCUGAUACCGAUAUGUCGGCCGAUAUCUUUCUCAGAUCUGUAGAGAUAGAUAGAUAGAGAUAUACACAUAUCCUUCAAAUGCAGUUUUCAAACACUUACGGAAAAGAUAUAUAAUUAAGACAAGAUGGUCUCUCAACUGGAGAGUAACUGCGCAUAUACAUGUGUCACUGCUUGAGACUCUGUUCUCUCAGGUACAGCAAUAUUAUAACAUACUGUACACAGGGUUAGUAAACAGUUAUUUAUUGUUUGGUAUGGGGUACUGAGUAUCAGCCAAUACUGAAGUUAUGAUAUUGGAAUCAGAAGGUGAUGGUAUCGGAACAUCUCUUUGAAACAACGUCCUGUACAGUCGUGUGACAAAAUGCUGCAUUCAAUUUUAUAGUGUUAAAGGAAUCAACAUGUCUGUAUUUCUGACUAUUUGGAGCCAAAUUUUUCAGACUUUUGCAUGUGUUAUUGUUUGUACUGAUUCGUCUAUAGUGAGAGAGAUGACGCCUGAAGACACCCUGUAUUAUAAGGUCUCACUUUGUACAUUAUGACAUCAUGAGGUUGGUGGUUUGUCUCCACUUUGAGAUCUUUUCUGGUCACCACCUUCCAACAUGUUGCUACGCAAGUGUAAACUCUGUUACUGUUAUUUCAGCUUGGUUUGAAAUGUCUGUGUAGUAUCCCAGUUUAUACCAGGGGCCGUUUGAAACCUAACAAUCAUGACGUGAAUCUCACUGUUGUAACAGCUUUUAUAUGUAAUCUUGAUUCUAACAUUUGGAAAGGAAAGCAGAGCUUGACCUGUGACAGUGACUUUGGUGAAGUGAACCAACCCUGGUGAUGCUUUGUUUCCUUUGUCAUUAAUGUACCAGUGAUGAAGGUCGAUCAAUAUGCUUGUCCUUACUAUAGAUGCACUAAAACCUUUAUGAUGUUUGUUGUUGUAAAGACUGUUUGAAUGGAAGAUAAUUAACAGAUACAAGACGGGAGUCAGACCUUGAAAGAGCUACAUUGUUGGAACAUGAAAACAAUCAUCCUACAUCUUUAUUUUUUUUAAUCAUAUUUCCAGAUGGAGAUUAAGUUGCUAAAUAAAACAAGAGGUCACUUUAAUAUCUCAUUUGAUAAUCACACCUUUGUUACUGAUCUUGUUUUACUUCACUUUAACGCUGUUCUUCCAAGACUUUGCACUGAUUUUUUUGUUUCUCUUUAACUCAUGUCCUUUGAGUGCACACUGAUCUGAAGGCCACAAUGUUUUCAUGUUGAUUGACCUUUGUGAGGAAUUUUCCUUUUGAGUACUUCCACAUUGAGGACAUAGUGUCAUAUUUUUGAGUUUGGUGAUUAAGUAGCCUGAGACUGAAGAGGACAUGUGUAUGUAGAAACUGGUUUAAUAAAGCCUUGUUACUUAC